GUUCACUGAGGACGCGAGCGGCUCAGACCUGAUACGUUGAGGAGCGUUUGUACAGGCGGAGAUGUCUCUGUCAUCCACACACAGCCCAGACACGAGCAGCCGGAGGAGGAGGCCGACUGAAUACACACGAGAUGCAUCAUGGGAGCCUGAUCCUCAAGCAGAUCACAGUCAUGAACAGAUCAGCGACCGACUGUGUGGAGGUGCACAGCCUAAUUCAACAGGCACUCCAUCUUCACAUCACUCCAUGUGUCCUGCACUGUGCACAACAAAAUGCAUAUCUGCACACUCAUGUCCUAGCCAUCAUGCCUUUGAUGACAGCUGGGUGGAGAUCCAAAGCAAGAGAACCAUCAGAGCAGAGAACGAAGUGGAAGCUAACAAACUUGUCAACAACUACAGGUUUGGUUUCAGAAAAUGGAAGAGCCAUGUGACAGAGCGUCCGUUUGAAGACAGGUCGGAGGUUGUGAAAGAGCUCUACUCUGAGCUGAAUGUCAUUAAACCACAUUCAGGUCGUCUCAUCACAUUUGGAAAUGUAGCGUAUGUGUUUCUUUUCGGUUGGUGGGUCUCUCUGGCAUAUUUCCUGAUCGGCAUAUUUAUGUUCAUCACUGUUGCUGGUGUACCAUAUGGCAAGCUUUGUUGGAACUUGUCUUGCUACUUCCUGUGGCCAUUCGGCAAAUCAAUCCAUGAGAUUGGAAAUACAUUGCGGAGAUGUUGUGAGCAAGCUCCCGACUGUGAGUGUAACAUAGAGGAAACCGAAGAUAACUCGCCAGUUCUGCUGCCUUCACCCACAGAGGUCCCAAUCCCAGAGCUGCCAGGACGACCUCGGCGCACUCCCUACUGGCAUCGUUUCUCCACCUACGUCUGGCUGCUGCUGGGAUAUCCUCCUCUGGUGGUCAUCCACUCCCUGGCCUGCUUCUUCUCUUGGAUCCUGGUCUUCACCAUCCCUGUUUUCAAGAUGAACGCACGGACCCUGGGGGUCAUUCUUCUCUUGGCUCCCGAGGAUGUUUCUGUCUCCACCUGCUCACGGCGGAAGCAUCAAGGCUACGAGACCAGAGCGCUGCUGUGCUGCUACCACGCUUUAAACUGGUACUACUACAAGUACACGGUUGAUGGAAUCAAUGUGUUCGCCGUCAACCUCCUCCCUCUAGUGAUAGUUGCCAUGGUAAUCGGAUAUAUUGACAGGAAUAACCAGUACGCCAGUUCUGAGGUCAAGUUCGCCACAGCAAUCGGCUCCAUCAUACCUCUGUCUUAUUAUAUUGGUAUGGGCAUUGCCAGUAUCUCAGCCCAGAGUAACUUUGCCGUGGGUGCAUUGGUGAACGCCAGCUUCGGCUCCAUUACAGAGUUGACCUUUUACAUCACAGCCCUGCUCAAAGGUCAGCAGACAGCCAACCCGUGUCUGCAGGAGGUCGUCAAAGCAGCGCUGACUGGCACACUGCUCGGAUGCAUCCUCUUCAUCCCUGGCAUCUGCAUGAUAAUCGGAGGGCUGAGGCACAGCGAGCAAACAUUCAACAGUCGCUCCACAGGAGUGAGCUCUGCAUUGCUUUUCAUCUCUGUAGGAGGUGUGUUUGCCCCCACGCUGUUCUCCAAGGCUUAUGGAAAUCUGGUGUGUGACGCCUGCACCAACUCGACUGGAGGAAACAGCACGAGCAACAGCAGCGGCCCGUUUGUCUGCCACAACUGCCACUACGAGCUGAACAACGGUACAUUGUUCCACAACCACGUUGAGCCACUGGUGUACACAGUGUCUGCCCUCUUGCCGGUCGCCUACAUCAUUGGUCUGAUAUUCACAUUGAAGACGCACUCCCACAUAUAUGACAUCCAUGUUGGAGAAGGACAAGCGACUGGCCACCACGGAGCAGUGGUCCACUGGUCCCGGUGGAGGUCUCUGGUCAUCCUCAUCAUGGCCACCGUCCUGACGUCUGCUUGUGCUGAUCUUGUCACGGAGCACAUCCAGCCCAUACUAAACCAGCCCAGCAUGUCUCAGUAUUUCAUUGGGGUGACGGUUCUCGCUAUGGUCCCUGAGAUCCCAGAGAUUGUUAACGGGAUCCAGUUUGCACUCCAGAACAACAUCAGUCUUAGCUUGGAGGUGGGAAUCUGCAUUGCAGUUCAGGUCUGCAUGCUACAGAUUCCAAUUCUGGUCUUUUUUAAUGCCUUCUAUGAUGUGGGAUUUGUGCUGUUAUUCAGUGAUCUGCACCUGUGGGCCAGUAUCUUCAGUCUUAUUCUCGUCAACUACAUCUUCAUGGAUGGCAAGUCUGAUUAUUUUCAGGGCACGGCUCUGGUGGUCAUCUACCUUAUUCUGCUGGCUCUGUACUACUUUGCUCCGUCUCCAGCUGGCUGCUGACGAUGGUACUGAUGCUUUUCAGUUACUUUUUUUUUUUUUUUUAAAGCCUGGAGGGCUCAGAAAGUGUAAAUUUAAUACCACCCCUCUUGAUGAGAUUUUAUCCUGACAGGAUUAUUACUAAAUGCCCAUGUGUGAAUCCUGACCUGGACCUUUUAUUACGUUUUCUUAGGCUGUUUCCAAAACUAUACAAAUGACAAAACUGUAUAUUUUAAUCUCAGGUAGGUACUUAUCACUCCUACUACUGUAAAAUGUACAGUCUAUAAACUAAUGUAUUGAACUAUGUCCUUAGACUAAUAACUUCUUACGGUCUUUGUUAACAUGUGGUGACAGAAAGAAAAGUAGUAUUUUUACAAUUUGAAUGGAUGUUAUAAUGUCAAGGAUCUGCACUAAAGCAAUUUUGUUUAAAGGUAAUUUUACAAUACAUUUUGCAUACUUUUAAAAAUGGUACAUGUCUGUCAGAGUUCAUUAUAGAAGUAAUAUUAUUUUAAUAAACUGGCAGCAUAUCUUGUUGGAAAAUGUGGCAUGGCUGGCUGUGCUUCGCAAGAACAAUGACGAUAUCUGUCAAUACAGUGUUUU